AAAUCAUUUGUGAUAGUGCCGUCGAACGGGAAAAGUACCAACUCCUCCAUUGCUGUUUAUAACUAUUCCAGUGUGCGAAUAUAGGUAUAUCGUCUACCUCGUCUAAAUACUGUACACACACGUUUCACACUUAAAUAUUAUCCAUCGCACCACCAUGAGCCAACCACAGGCCGUUUUCAUUCUAUUAUUGAAUGUAUUUUUAACAACAUUCGUAUGUGCCCAAUAUGGUAGACCUGCUGGCAAUAGCAAUCCCGGAUACGGUGGUACAGGUACCAGUGUACAAUCAGGAUAUUAUGGACCCAAAGGCCAAUAUCCUGGUAGUACGGGUAAUAAUGCACCAUCAGGAUAUUAUGGACCCAAAGGCCAAUAUCCCGUCGGAGGACCUGGUGGAUCAGAUGGAAAUUCAGAACCCGAGCCGUUCAACUUUGCUUACCAAGUGAAAGAUGCGCCCACCAAUACAUACUUCAUGCACGAAGCCAAUAGUGAUGGCAAUCGAGUGACCGGAUCGUACAGCGUACUUCUUCCGGACGGUCGUAAUCAAGUAGUGACAUAUGUGGCCGACGAAAAUGGUUACAACGCCAAGAUCAGCUACGAAGGAGAAGCAAAACCACAACCAUCUCAACCAGGCAGCCAAGGAGGUUAUCCGUCCACAUCGGGUUUCCUUUCUACUGCUCCUAAAUAUCCUGCUGCCCCAAUACGCGGUUCUGCUCCUCGUCCCACUGGUUAUCCAGGUUCUGCUGUUCCUGCUUCUGCUCCUGCCCCAGGUUAUUCUUCUUCUUCUCCUGCCUUUGGUUCUUCUGCUUCGGCUCCAGCCAGUGGCCCAUCGUCUGCACCAAGUCUUGUUAAGUACUAGUAAAAGUAUUCAAAUACUUUUUAAGUACUCAAAUACGUAUUCUUAAUACAUUUGAAAAAAUUACUUGGGCACAAUAUUUGAAUUAUUUAAAUACUAUUAUUCUAUUACUAUUAAUACUAUAAUUAUUCAAAUACUAUUUUUAAAUACUUUUUUCGUCUUACUUUGUUUACAGGGACGCCAAAUUUAAAUUAAAUUAUACUAAUAAUUUGAUAUUGUACAACAUUUUUAUUUAUAGAUCGUGCAUCAUUGUAUUUUGGUAUUUUGGUAUAUUGUAAUAUUUUUAGUGGUAUAAAAUACUAGGUAUCCAUUUAAUUUAAUGUAUACAAUCCGUCAAUUUCCUAAUAAAAUUGGAAAUACCUUUACUCGAAUUAUGUAUAUAUAAAACAUAACGAUAGUCGAUAGUUAUAAUAUAUUAUAUCUAUACAUUAUACACG